AUGGAAUAUGCUGUCGAUUUGUUCUAUCAGUUUGAAAAACUCAUAUAUUCUAUACCAGACCCUCGCGACGAUGUCGGCCCAGGACGCAUUGGACCAAACGGAAUGCUCCGUCUACUCAACGAUCUUCACUUGGACGCUACUGACCGUCGCGUUCUCAUUCUCGCUUGUAAACUCAAGGCCCAAACACAAUGUGAAUUCAGUUGGGAAGAGUGGCAGCAAGGACUUUCAGCGUUAAGAGUUGAUUCCUUGGACAAACUUCGUGAACGUCUACAGGAGCUGGAUACAGAAUUAUCAGAGCCGGCUGCUUUUCGGGAACUGUAUUCGUUCACUUUCCUUUACGGGAAGUUAAGCAGUCAGCGUAAUCUGGAUCUGGAAACGGCAUUGGCAUAUUGGAAAAUACUAUUUGCUGACAAGUUUCCUCUGCUGUCGCUUUGGGAAGAGUUUUUGAUUGCUGAACAUGGUAAAGCCAUUUCACGUGACACUUGGAAUCUGCUGCUCGAUUUCUGCCUUACGAUUAGACCAGAUCUGACCAAUUACGAUGAGGAUGGAGCAUGGCCGGUACUUAUCGACCAAUUCGUUGAGUAUGCACGUGAAAAGCUUGGCCUACCUCGCGAAACAGCGAACGCUGUCACUUCUUAG